CAGGUAAGCGAAUCCUUCUGAAGCCGACUUCUGGUUGUGCCGAGUUGUCCUGGCUCUUCUGGCCCAGAGUCCUGCCCCUGCCUCUGGCUGGAGCCCGUGUCCUGGGCCUCACCUAGGAGUAGACGGGAGCCAUCUGCCCCCACCCACAGCCAUGAAUUUCCUCCGGCGGCGCCUCUCCGACAGCAGCUUUGUGGCCAACCUGCCCAACGGCUACAUGACGGACCUGCAGCGCCCAGACAGCUCCACCAGCUCCCCCGCGUCCCCYGCCAUGGAGAGAAGGCACCCCCAGCCCCUGGCAGCCUCCUUCUCCUCUCCAGGAUCCAGCCUUUUUAGCUCCUUCUCCAGUGCCAUGAAGCAGACCCCGCAGGCUUCCCCGGGACUCAUGGAGCCUCCGGGUCCCUCCACGCCUGUGGUUCAGAGACCCAGGAUCCUGCUGGUGAUCGACGAUGCCCACACAGACUGGUCCAAGUAUUUCCAUGGCAAGAGGGUGAAUGGAGAGAUUGAGAUCCGAGUGGAACAGGCAGAGUUCUCGGAGUUGAACCUGGCUGCCUACGUCACCGGGGGCUGCAUGGUGGACAUGCAAGUCGUGAGAAACGGGACCAAAGUCGUGAGAUCCUUCAAGCCCGACUUCAUCCUGGUCCGACAGCACGCCUACAGUAUGGCCCUGGGCGAGGACUACCGGAGCCUGGUCAUCGGCCUCCAGUACGGAGGGCUGCCAGCCGUCAACUCCCUCUACUCCGUCUACAACUUCUGCAGCAAGCCCUGGGUGUUCUCGCAGCUCAUUAAGAUCUUCCACUCCCUGGGCCCUGAGAAGUUCCCUCUUGUGGAGCAAACGUUCUUCCCCAACCAUAAGCCAAUGCUCACGGCCCCGCACUUCCCGGUGGUGAUCAAGCUGGGACACGCCCACGCCGGAAUGGGCAAGAUCAAGGUAGAAAAYCAGCACGACUACCAGGACAUCACCAGCGUGGUGGCCAUGGCCAAGACCUACGCCACCACCGAGGCCUUCAUUGACUCCAAGUACGACAUCCGCAUCCAGAAAAUCGGCUCCAACUACAAGGCUUACAUGCGAACCUCCAUYUCUGGAAACUGGAAGGCCAACACAGGCUCCGCCAUGCUGGAGCAGGUGGCCAUGACUGAGAGGUACAGGCUGUGGGUGGACAGCUGCUCAGAAAUGUUUGGCGGGCUGGACAUCUGUGCCGUCAAGGCMGUGCACAGCAAGGACGGCAGGGACUACAUCAUUGAGGUAAUGGACAGCUCAAUGCCCCUGAUCGGGGAGCAUGUGGAAGAGGACAAGCAGCUGAUGGCUGACCUCGUUGUCUCCAAAAUGAGCCAAUUCCUAAUGCCAGGGGGCACAGUACCCUCACCCCUGAAGCCAUGGGCUCCACAGAUCAAACCCGCAAAAUCCCCCGGGCAAGGCCAGCUGGGACCUCAACUGGGACAGCCCCAACCACGCCCACCUCCACAAGGGGGUCCUCGUCCAGCCCAGUCUCCUCAGACCCCCAGAUCCGGAAGCCCCUCCCAACAGAGGCUCUCCCCACAAGGCCAGCAACCCCUGAGCCCCCAGGCUGGAUCCCCACAGCAGCAGCGGUCGCCAGGAUCUCCACAGCUCUCCCGGGCAUCUGGGGGCAGCUCCCCRAACCAGGCCUCCAAGCCGGGCACCAGCCUCGCCUCGCAGCCCCGGCCGCCCGUGCAGGGCCGCAGCACCUCGCAGCAGGCGGACGAGAGCAAGAAGACAGCAGCGCCCCAUCCCCAUCUCAACAAAUCUCAGUCCCUGACUAACAGCCUCAGCACCUCGGACGCCUCCCAGCGCGGGACCCCGAGUGAGGACGAGGCGAAGGCCGAGACCAUCCGCAACCUGAGGAAGUCCUUCGCCAGCCUCUUCUCCRACUAG